AUGCCGACGCUGGACGAAUACAAGGCCCAGGGAAAUAAGGCGUUUGUUGAGAAGCAGUAUCAAAAGGCCAUCGAUUUCUAUUCUCAGGCCAUUGCAUUGGACAAGGAGAACCCUGUGCUUUAUUCCAAUCGAGCCCAGUGCCAUCUCAAUUUGAGAGACUGGAUCAGAGCCUCUAAUGACGUAGAGGUGGGAUUGCGCUUGAAUCCUAACGAAAAGAUCAAAGUCAAGCUUUUGUACCGCAAAGGAUUGACAGCCAAAGGUUCUGGAAGUGUCGUCAUGGCAAAACGUGCGUUCAAUGAAGCGCUAGAACUUGAUCCCAAUAACCAGGCUGCUGCCUCGGAACUUGAACAAUUGGAACCAAAGAAACCAAAGACUGAAAAUUCAGCUCCAGUCAACGUGCCUAUCGAGAUCGUUGACGAAUUGCCCGAGGAGUUCAGAAGAAAACUCGAUGGAAAGCCUGCUGUGAAACCUUUACAACCCUCACAAUCUUCAUCAGCCGACGUCGAUGCAAUUGCAAGUGAACUCUUUGGAAAUAAGAAGAAAACUCCAGAACGGGAAAGCCCGACCCCUCAACCCAAAACAGCUUUUGCUGAUAUUCCAACGAUGCAUGUUUUAAGCAAACUCAGCUCCCUACCGCCUGAACGCAAGGCCAAUGGAUACAAAGUCGUACUCCAGCUCGAAAAGGCCCAAAUAGAAGAGAUGUUUGCAUAUUCAGGAUUGGACUCAGAGUUCUUUGACUUCUUCCUUGAGGCUGCAGCGUACUUCCUUCCCCGUCAUUCAGAAAUUACAGCAGAGCAGCUUGUUGACAGACUUGAGUAUAUGAAGACUCUAAAGAGGUUUGACCUAGUGAAGCUGCUUGCGCCUGACUCACUUAUUCAUAGGGUGAUUGAGGCUGUUCAGGAAGAAAGGGCAGCUCAGAAGAUCAGAGAUUUAUUGCGUACGUGA